AUGGCGACUGCUGUUGAUACUGUACGUGCGGUGGAAAAGUCUGCCGCCAACCAUGUCGAAGAUACCCUGGGUCACGGCGCGAUCAGCGAGGCCAAGCAGGCUACCGACGACGAGCACUCACAGACGCUGAUGCAAGCCCUGCGGGAAAACCACAAGGCUGUCAUGUGGUCUGUUUUGAUCUCCAUGUCUAUUAUCAUGGAGGGAUAUGAUACUAUCCUGAUGGGAAACUUCUUCGCCUACCCCACGUUCAAUCAGAAGUACGGACAGGAUUAUGGUGGUGAUAUCGGAUAUCAAGUGUCUGCACCUUGGCAAACGGGUUUAAAUAUGGCUAGUACAGUUGGAUGUAUCUUCGGCGGUAUCUUGAACGGAUACUGUGCGUCUAAGUACGGUUACCGACUUGUGAUGUUCGUCGCCCUUGGGUUUCUCACUGCUUUGAUCUUCAUCACAUUCUUCGCCAACUCCGCAGCAGUCCUUCUCACCGGCCAGGUCCUUUGUGGACUCUCAUGGGGAGUGUUUGCCACCAUCGGACCGGCGUACGCAUCCGAAGUAUGCCCCACCGUGCUGCGCGGUUACCUAACCAUCUAUGUAAAUUUGUGCUGGGCAAUCGGCCAGCUGAUCGCCUCCGGCGUUCUCUACGGACUCGUCGACCGAAAGGACCAAUGGGGCUACCGUAUCCCCUUCGGCCUACAGUGGAUCUGGCCGCUUCCUCUGAUGGUGAUAUGCUGGCUCGCACCCGAGAGUCCAUGGUGGCUCGUCCGCCACGAUCGUUUGGAAGAUGCUAAGCGCAGCAUUCGCCGACUGGGCGGCAGCAAGACCGAAGAACAGAUCAAUGGACAACUGGCGAUGAUGGUACACACGAUCAAGCUCGAAUCCGAAAUCGAAGCCGGCACCACCUACUACGACUGCUUCAAGGGAGUUGACCUUCGCCGCACCGAGAUCUGCUCCAUGGCCUUCGUCGGCCAGAUUCUAUCCGGCAGCACAUUCGCCUACUCGCCUACCUAUUUCUUCACCCAAGCCGGCCUUCCGGUCACUCGGUCCUUCCAACUCGGCGUUGGAUGCACUGCCAUUGCCUUUGUUGGAACCUGUUUCUCCUGGUGGCUGAUCACCGGAUUCGGCCGGCGCACGCUAUACGUUGUGGGCCAGGGAAUGCUCUGCGCGACACUCUUCAUAAUCGGCAUCCUGGACGUAUCCUCCUCCGCAAAAGGCAUCAUGUGGGCACAAGCCGGACUCUGCUUCUUCUGGCUCUUAACCUAUUCCCUGACGGUCGGCCCAAUCGCCUACGCUAUUGUUUCGGAGACAUCAUCUGUGCGUCUGCGCCCGCUGACAGUCUGUAUCGCACGCACAGCAUACCAGAUCAUCAACGUGGUGUCACAAGUUCUGGAGCCGUACUUCAUGAACCCCACCGCAUGGAACGCGUCCGGCAAGACUGGAUUCUUCUGGGGUGCCACGGCACUCGUUGCCUUUGUCUGGGCAUUCUUCCGUCUUCCCGAGGCCAAGGACCGCACCUACGCCGAGCUGGAUAUCCUGUUUGCUAGCAAGAUCAAGGCGAGCAAGUUUUCGUCGACAGUUGUCGAUCCCUAUGCGGUUCGGCCUGCUGAGUCGCAGGAGGGCCUUGUUCGUGAGAAGACGCAGGAUACCAACCAGUGA